AUGUUAACGCAGCUGCACGUACUCGGAUUAAGCAUUUUACUCUGGUUUUACUGCGAUUUUGCCGAUGGGCAAAAUGCUGGCGUUGUGGCUGCUGCUGUGGCAGCUGGACAAAACCAAACCCAGGUCUAUGUAACAGAAUCUUGCCUACAAAAACCCUAUCGAUGUCCCCAUCCAAAGAUACAAUUCUAUCUCUAUACGCGUCGCACACAGGAGGAAGGUGAAUUCCUUAAUGUCUUGGAUCCAAAUGCCUUAUACUAUACACACUUCAAUCCACGACAUCCAACGAAAAUCAUUAUCCAUGGCUUUGGCGGUGGUCGCAUGUUGAGCCCCAGCCCCGAUUUGAGAGAAGCUUACUUCAGCGUUGGCGAAUACAAUAUCAUAAUUGUGGAUUAUAGUGAUGCUGUGAAAGAACCCUGUCUAAGUCAAAUGGAAUGGGCACCCAGAUUUGGUAGUCUUUGCAUAUCACAACUGGUCAAAUAUUUGGCCAGACAUCCGCGUGGUGUUCAACCAGAUGAUCUGCAUUUCAUUGGCUACAGUGUGGGUGCCCAUAUAGCCGGAUUGGUGGCCAACUAUCUAAAGCCAGAGGAGGGUAGACUGGGCAGAAUCACAGCUCUGGAUCCAACUAUAUUCUUCUAUGCCGGUACCAACAAUUCCAGAGACUUGGAUUCCAGCGAUGCUCAUUUUGUCGAUGUCAUGCACACGGGUGCCGGAAUAUUGGGUCAAUGGCAUUCCAGUGGCCAUGCGGAUUUCUAUGUGAACGGUGGCACAAGGCAGCCAGCUUGUGUGGGAUCAGCAACACUAUUUCAAACCUUGGCCUGUGAUCACACAAAAGUUACGCCAUAUUUCAUUGAAUCGAUAACCUCAACGCGUGGUUUUUAUGCUGGACCCUGUCCCAAUCUCUUCACAUAUCUGAUAGGUUGGUGUGAGCCAAAGGAUUCGGAGUAUGUGCUAAUGGGUGAACAUUGUUCAAACAAAGCCCGCGGCAACUAUUAUGUGACCACCAAUGCCAAACCGCCCUUUGCUCGUGGUUUUCCUGGCAAAGGGCGCUCCAAUGGCGAGUACCAGGGAGUCCGCAGAUAACUUUAAGAUUCAUUUGGCAUCUACUCUGUCUCUCACUCUGGGAAGUCUCUACCAUACUCUCCCUCUCUAUCUUUAUAUAAUUAUAGGAUACAUUUUAGCACCAAUGUGAUUUUAGUUUUUUGCU